AUGGAGGGGACGGAAGCAGCGACCGGGCUGGGGAAGGCUGUGAGGAUGAGUCGAGGGCAACAAGGCGGCAUAGUCCGAGCGUUUUAUGCGUGUGCCUUUCUUCCGCCUGUGGGAAAGUCUCUGGUUGCUGGGCUCGGUGGUCUCCCGCCGUGGGUCAAGGAAGAGGCAAGCAAGAGACGGAUUCCUCAGCUUCUUUCAAUAGUGCUAGCUCGAGCUCCCGGACUCCAGGAAGAUGGCAGCACCAACGCAACCACUCCCGAGCAAGUGUUCUACAACGAUCUGCCAGCUGAAGAACAGAAGUAUUGGCUGUCGAAGCUGAAACAUCAUAGCAGCAUCGCCACGAAGACUCCGCUGACUCAGGUCGGCUAUACCAACAUUUCAGUGCUGUACCCGUACUGUGAAGAUGAUCAAGCCCUCCCGCUCCCCAUGCAGGAGAUGAUGGUCGAGCAGUCGGGUUUGAAGGAUAUGCAGGAUAUAAGAUAG